AUGAGUUAUUGUACACGUUUAAUUUUACUUCUUAUUCCAUCAUUAAUUGCUCUUGGUUUACUUGGGGUGGCAUUUAGUACAAGUUGGUGGAUGAUUCCAUUGAAAAAAAAUAUUCCUCAAGAAAAUUUAUUUAAUAUUUCAAAUGAUGUUCGACUUUAUUCAAUGUUAAUUCCUAUAACAAUUUCACGUGGUAUAUUAAGUGAAUGUCUUGCAUAUCAAAAUGUUAAAAUUCUUGUUUCAAAUUCAUUUGAUUUUCGAGAUGAAAUUUCUCGUCAAGAUCAAGUAAAAUUAUCUAAUGAAAAUUGUUCCGAUUAUCAAUUUACUUGUCAAACAAGUUCAGUCAUUUCAAAUCCAUUAACACGUUGUAUUGAUCAACAAAAACAAUGCAAUCGUAUUAUUGAUUGUGAAGAUAAAAUUGAUGAAGUAUCAUGUGACACAAGUCUUCAAGUACAAGAUUGUCCAAUAGGUUAUAUAGAAUGUCUUGAUGGAAAAUCUUGUUAUCGAAAAGAUGAACAAACAUGUGAUGGCAUAUCAAAUUGUAUGGAUAAUUCAGAUGAAGAGAAUUGUAAUGAAGAAAAAUGUCAUUUAAAUAAACAUGUAUAUUGCUCUCGCGAAAACAAAUGUGCUCGACGAGAAAAUUCCUAUCGAUGUGAUGGGAUUGUUGAUUGUGAAGAUAAUUCAGAUGAAGAAAAUUGUCAACAAUGUAAUGAAAAUACAAAUGCAUUCUUAUGUGAUUCAAAAUGUUUUCUUCCAAAACAUCGUUGUGAUAACAUUGUUGAUUGUUCUGAUUUUCGUGAUGAAUUAAAUUGUAUUGAUUAUAGCAAUACAUCAAAUAGUCAACGAAAUUUCUAUCAUAAUGACCGUUUAUGUGAAGAAAAACAUUUUAAUCCAUUUAAUAUUUAUCCUCCAAAAAUUGAUUUAUCAUUAUUUCAAUUAUAUCCAUAUCCAAAUCAACGUAUUACAUAUCUUAAUUUAAUUUAUUAUUUAAAAUUAAGUGUUUUCUAUGGCAUUACAAGUGGGUUAAUGUUUAUUUUUCUUUCUAUAAUAUCAUUAUUCUUUGUUGCUUGUUGUCAUCAUAAAUGUCGACGUGUACCAUUUUAUUUCUAUAAUUUAUGGAUGUUAUUAGCAUGGUUAUGUAUUUGUAUGGGUUUAUUAUCAUUUGUUUAUAUAUGGAUAUUGAAAAAAGAAAUAUUAUUAGAUUAUGAAAGAAAUAUUCCAUUGAAUAUAAUGAUAUAUGAAAGAAAUCCAACAUUACAAAACUUAGAAUUUUUUGGUUUAAGUUUUUGGUUAGCAUGUAGUGCAGCAUUAACAACAUUUUUUUGUUUAUUAUUAUCAUGUUGUAUUUGUUGUACAAUUGGUUCAUCGCGUUCGGAUAAUAAAGAAUAUGAAAUAAUGCAGAUGCAAAGUUAUUAG